AUGUCUGGGCACGAUAAACUGGCCGGCGUUCCUGGGAAACCCGUCUCCAUUUCAGUGUAUACCUCCACGACGAAGCCGCUGGAGCCCCCGCCAGGGUCUGCCCAACAGAUAUUUACGAAGUCGUUGAUCCACGAGCAAUACCUACGCGCUUUCGUCAAGCUUCUCACAUGCUGGGCUUCAAAUCACGACUCAAGUGCGCAGUUCCACGGCAAAAUUGGCGUUCUGGCUAGCCCAAACACCAACGAGACAUACGAGCUUGGAAAAUCUGUCAACUGCGUUCUCAAACAUACUGAUUACCCAAAAGUACGGAAGCACAUUGUAGUUCGGCUCUUCCCUCCACGCGAGGAAUGCAGGAAAUAUGCUUUGGUCGUCCGGUCUGGGUCGGGAUGGAUGAGUGCUCGCGACUUCUUCAACAAGGAACACUGUCUGAUGUUACGGGCAGAGGCGAGAAUUUCCACGGCAACAAAACCGUACGGGAAGACUAUAUCGCGCCGCGAGGAGCUGGCGCGUGAAGCAGAACCCAGGAACACAGUCUCGAUCGGCCCGGUAUUCCACCAGUUUCUCAAGCUACCCCAGGAGAUCCAGGACAUCAUCUGGGUGACUGCUGCUGGCCUCACUGGCAUGUUCCGCCCAUGUCGUCACCGCACAUCAGACGUUCCAGUUCCUCACAUACACGAGAACUUCUACCCCAGACCCAACUCGCCCAUCACAAUCUCCACCAUGUUACGAGUCUGCAAAUCCGUGAACGCGCACAUGGCGCCCUGGAUCUAUCGCACAACGAGGUUCCAGUUCGAGCUCACCGGCUUUACAAACUUCCUCUGGAUAUCUGGCCCUGUGAAUCGCACCAACCUACGCCGCGUGACUUUUAAGUUCUCGUCGUUGGCUCUCUUGCACUGUCUGCGCUGGCUCUCACCCGACCCCGUCUUCAUGCUCUUCGAUCCACCCGCGUUCACCUCACCGCAUGGCCUACAGUACUUUUGGCGCUGUCAGAUACAAGAUCUAGCGCGCGAGCUAAACCUACACACCCUCACCCUCGACCUGCAGGGCGUAGAGCCAGAUCACGUACACAUGGUCGUGCGCAUUCUCCGCCGGGCGUUCGGCAGCGUGAAGUACGUCAGGUUUGUAGAAGACGGCAAGGAUAUCUGCGAGGGCCACUGGCAGUUGCAAGGGCUGCGGGAGAGGAAGUCGUGGAGGACUAUGUGCAGAGAGUGGUUUGAGGCGCAUAGAGCGAAUGGGGGAUACAUGUCUGACGAACGAAGAUGGAAAUCGCUCGAAGAGCUGGACAAGGAUAUGGAUGCCAAGAGAGAUUUUUUCGACAGCUUUGACGAUUGGCAGGGCGUGCAGACGCCUUGA